GGUCUGGCACCCACGGAAUGCUCCUUGAGCCCCUUCUUCGGCUGUUACCUCCGGGGGACCGUUGUGGCCACACCGACACGUACUUUCUAGAUAAAUCAUUGUUUAUUCUUGCGGCGGCGGGGCCGAACACGUUUAUUUUUUCUUUUUAAUUUUCUCAACAAGGAUUUACCCAGCGUUUAUCCAGUGAAACAACUUGGUAACUUUCAAGGGAGCAUCCGCCGGGUUAGGAAAUCACGGACUGAGCAGCUUGUGAAAGCCCGCAUUUGCAACGUCCCAGCGCAUAUGUUUUGAAGAUCGUCCCAUCUACUUGUAACCACCGGUGUGCACAGAAUCCUACUCAAGGAACGUCUUGGUCCAGCGAUGCAAAGAACUGAAGUGUCAAGCUGGAAGAGCCUGUAUUGUUGUAGUAAUAGUAUAGAAGAAUUCAAGAUAGGAGAGAGAGGCAGCUGCGAAUGAAGACUAUAAAAGAAAAGAAGAAGGAACACCAAAGAUUGAGAAAAUCUGCCAAGACUAGGAGGGUAACCCAGAGGAAGCCGUCUUCAGGACCUGUUUGUCGGCUAUGCCUUCAAGAACCUGGGGAUCCUGAAAAACUGGGGGAAUUUCUUCAGAAAGACAAUCUCGGCGUGCAUUACUUCUGUCUUAUCCUAUCUAGCAAGCUGCCUCAGAGGGGCCAGUCCAACAGAGGUUUCCAUGGAUUCCUGCCUGAAGACAUCAAAAAAGAGGCAGCCCGGGCUUCUAGGAAGAUCUGCUUUGUCUGCAAGAAAAAGGGAGCUGCCAUCCACUGCCAGAAAGAUCACUGCGUCAGAAACUUCCAUCUGCCUUGUGGCCAAGAAAGGGGUUGCCUUUCACAGUUUUUUGGAGAGUACAAAUCAUUUUGUGGAAAACAUCGCCCAACACAGGACAUCAAACGGGGGAACAAGGGGGAGGAAAGCUGCGUCUUGUGUUGUGAAGACUUAUCCCAAGCGAGUGUUGAAAACAUUCAGAGCCCGUGUUGUAGUCAAACCAUCUACCACCGCAAGUGCAUACAGAAAUAUGCCCACACGUCAGCAAAACAUUUCUUCAAAUGUCCACAGUGUAACAAUCGAGAAGAGUUUCCUCAAGAAAUGCUAAGAAUGGGAAUUCACAUUCCAGACAGAGAUGCUGCCUGGGAACUCGAGCCAGGGGCUUUCUCGGAGUUGUAUCAGCGCUAUCAGCAUUGUGAUGCCCCCACUUGUCUGUACGAACAAGGCAGAGACAGCUUUGAGGACGAAGGGAGGUGGUGCCUUGUUUUGUGUGCUACCUGCGGAUCCCACGGAACCCAUAAGGACUGUUCCUCUCUUAGAUCCAACAGUAAGAAAUGGGAGUGUGAAGAGUGUGCACCUUCCACUUCAGCCACAGACUACACACCUGAAAACUCCAGUGACAUCCCCUGCUGCAGCAGCACCUUCCACCCCGAGGAGCACUUCUGCAGAGACACUGGCCUAGAAGAGAAUCCGGGCCCUUCUUGGACUGAUUGGCCGGGACCUUCCCUAUUAGAAAAGCCAGAAUCCUCUGGCAGCAGGAGGAGCUGCUCCUGGCGGUCCAAGGGUGUCAAAAUCACUAAGUGCUGCAAAAAAAAGUAGCAGCUUCUGAGUUGUCACUGCCAAGCACAGUUAAGUACGAAGAGUCAAUCCUCCAUUGGGUUUGGGGAGGGAGCACUUUGGGGCUGUGAGACAAGGAAAGGGGACCAACAGUGAGACCUUGAGCCAAGGGAAGAGAAGUCCAGGGAUCGUGAGUCCAGAGGCCAACAGCGGAACGUGUUUGUGGCAGCGAGAGCCCCUCUACUCGCCUCUCCCUGAUUCCCGGAUGGCCCUUUCUUCUCCUCUUCUUCCACUAAGAUUCUUCCACCUUAAUCUGGUUCUCAUAUGCCUCUUCUUCCUUCACCCA